AGAUCACGUGAUCGUGACUCCAUCCUAUCAUACGGAGGGAUCUGCAGUUUGCUGGAGAGGAAUUACGAAGAGCCAGUUCUGGCCUGAAAAUAAUUCUUUUCAACCUCCCUUAGAGUUAUGAAGGAGGACAAGGAGAAUGCCAAGCCCAAGGAGAGAAAAGGAGAACAAGAAGCAGGGGAGGAAGGGGAUAAAUCGGAUAAACUGAAGGAAAAGAAAGAAGUUCUGAGUAAGGUGAUCAUCCGUCGUUUGCCUCCCAGUCUAACCAAAGAGCAACUGGAGGAGCAUCUUCAGCCUUUGUCGGACCAUGACUAUUUUGAGUUUUUUUCCAGCGACUCUAGUUUUUUUCCUCAUAUGUUCUCCAGGGCAUAUAUAAACUUCAAAAGUCCAGAUGACAUUGUGUUAUUUAGAGAUCGUUUUGAUGGAUAUGUAUUUAUCGAUCACAGAGGUCAGGAAUAUCCUGCUAUUGUGGAAUUUGCACCUUUUCAAAAAGUAGCAAAAAAGAAAAACAAGAAAAAGGACUCAAAAAUUGGAACCAUUGAUGAGGAUCCAGAAUACAGAAAGUUUCUUGACUCUUACACUAAUGAUGAAGAGAAACUGACAUCAACACCAGAGACUUUGCUGGAAGAAAUUGAGGCAAAAAAUAAAGAAAUGAUAGCCAAGAAGACUACACCCCUGCUAAGCUUUUUGAAAAACAGACAGAGACUAAGAGAUGAAAAACGUGAAGAGAGGAGAAGGCGAGAACUAGAAAGAAAAAAACAGCGAGAAGAGGAGAGGAGAAAAUGGAAAGAGGACGAACGAAGAAAAAAGAAAGAAGCAGAAAAGCAGAAGAAAUAUGAUAAACCUCCAGAAAAAGAGCUGGAACAGUCAAAGGAUGAGCCAAAAAUUAAGCUUCUUAAAAAGCUUGAAAAAGAAGAAGAGAAAGAUGCAGAGAAAAAGUUUAAGACAAGGAAAUUUGAAAAAGAAAAUAUAAAAGAAGAGCGAUGCUCUGCAGCAAAGAAACCGGAUGGUGAAGUCGGGGAGGAGAAAACAAAAAAGGUUGAAGUGGAAUAUGUGAAGGAUUACAGGGAUAAAGAUUACAGAGAAAAAGACUACCGGGAUAAGGAUUAUAGAGAGAGAGACUAUAGGGAUAAGGACUACAGAGACAAAGAUUAUCGCGAUAAGGAAUACAGAGACAAAGAUUACAGGGAUAAGGAAUACAGAGAUAAAGACUGUCGUGAAAAGGACUACAGGGAUAAGGAGUACGACAGAGAGAGGCGACAAAGAGAUAAGGAGAAAUCAAGAGAUCAUGAGGAUGAUCGCCGUAAACCCAGAGAUCGAUUUGAGAAAGACAGGUCUUUCAGGCGGAGAGAAGAGGACUAUAGGAAGGAACGGGAUUUGGUAAGAGAGAGAGUAAGAAAGCAGGAUGUGAAAGAGAGUCCUCAGAGCACAGAGAUAUCCGAGAGAAUAGCUCGUGAGAAGAAGAAAGAAGAUGCCAAAAGAGAUCGAAUCAGAAAUAAGGAUCGGCCUGCGAUGCAGUUAUACCAGCCUGGAGGUAGAAGCAGGAGCCGGCUGACACAGUGUGAUGAAAGCCCGGCAAAGACAGGAGAGCAAAGUGCAGAGAAGAAAGUUGGUGACAGUAAGGUGAAAGAAGGAGAGUAAAAAGCUAGAAGACUGUCCUGCCCAGCGUAAUAACCAAAGAAAACAAAUUCAGCAAUCCAAAGUGCCUUCAGAGAGAAGGAGUCGGAAGCAGGCAGGAGAAGUGUUCAAAGGUGUCCUCAUGGUGCAUGUGGGUGACUGCAAACCCACUGAGUUUGGCUCAGAAUGAAAAAUGGCUCUAUUUGUAGUGAUUGGACUGUUCACAGACACACAUCCUUUUGUGCUCUAGUGGACAUGGUGGGGGAAAAAAGCUGAAAUCUCAAGUUUACAAUCUGUGUGUCUUGUGGCCUUAUUGAAACACAAGUCCUCCGUUCCUGUGUUGGCAGAGGUUCAUGACGGCAGAAUAUUUUGAGAUGUUGUAGUCAGCUCUGGUACAUGGGCUGUUUAGGUAGAACUAGCCCAGUAUUUCAGUCCUGCAGUGUAUGUGUUGCCUAAGAUUUUGCUUGUCCUUUAUUACAUUGCAUCGGACGUUCUGAAGAGAAUAUAUAUCUGCUCUCAUAUGCUGUAAUGACAGAGAAGCUCUGUAGUUUUGUUUUUCUGAAUUAUUUUCAUACAAAUCUUUAUUACUUACAGUAUGAAAAGUCUGCUUUGAAGCUAUCAAUCUCUGGGCAGCCUAUUUUAUCAGAAUGUCUGAAUCAUUAAGAAUAUCUUCUUAAACUUAACUUUUUUUUCUAGGAAAAUAAAAGGAGAAUAUAAAAACUA